CCAUUCACUCGCAUCACACAAUCAUCGAUGCGCGCCUUGCUGACGCCCUCAGAGCACACGGGACUGGGCCAACACUGACUCAAGUCAAGGCAGACGGCCAGUGCGGAUAUCGGGCAUUGGCGCUGCAUCACCUCGGGAGCGAGGAGAGGUACGCAGAGAUGCGCCAACAGAUGCAUCAGCACCUCUCGACGUAUCGCAAAUUCUGGACUGCCGUUGAUCCCAGCUCGACGUCGGCUGCUGACCGCCUCAGUCGGACUGAAGCGCCUCUUGUCGACGAAAAGGCUUGGUUCGACGCGAGUGGAUGGGAGCCUGUUCUGGCAGCAACGGUCAUGGCGCGGCUUGUGGUCACCUUGGUCUGGGAAGGCAACAUCGGUGGCCUCCGUGAAACGCUGCACGCGCCCGUCUUGGCGACGCCUGGGCUCAUCGAGCAGAUCUGUGCGCCGCCCUUGUGCAUGGUGCUGUACAAGAAGCACUUUUGGGUUGGUAGCAUCUCUUUGGAGCGCGCCCUGACUUUACCUCUUGGCCACUGGUACAAGGUCUUUCGGCGCAAGUUGGACGCCCAACCACAGUGGCUUGCUGCGUCGAACCUCUUGGAGGCGCUUUGCGAGAGCGUUCAAAAGUUGCCGCGGUAGCUCGAGCGUUCAAAAGUUGCCGGGGUAGCUCUGGCCGCGAUCGCUCUCGCAUGUAUGUAUAUACCCGCACACACCCGCAAUGAGACCAUCAGCGGGCACGCCAGACGCGCGCAAUGAGUCUCGAGCGAGUGCGCGCGCGGACUGGAAGCAUUGUGAUCGAG